AUGGCAACAGAUUCUACAAACCAAAAACCGAGUUCUCUGGAGACAACGCCCGACGAUUCUUCAACUUACUCUGACGUCCAGCCUCCCAACCCAACGGCACCAUCUUCCGCAGACGUCGAUCUUUCAUUUUCCCCGUCAACAGAACAAUCUUUAUUCCCUUCUCUAUUAACUUCACCAUCAUCCAAUCCGCUGCCAGAGUCGACCUCAAGAGAAACCCCAACCAAUGCGGAGAUUUUAAUAUCGGACACAUAUCUGCAAGAUCAUAUACGAACCAGCACAUCGAUUACAUCAACACAGCUACCGGUCUACGAGCCCGAAACUGAUAUCAGCAAAGCCAAGAGUGAAGCAAACUUAGUGGCCUCAACAUCCGCAAAAAUGGUAACUGAAGAAAGCUUAAUUACUAAGAUGUAUGGAAAAAACACGAAGACUUCCGGUCAUUCAAUUCCAGAUCCCAGAUUCCAGACAACAGGCCAGUUUGAUUCCUUGUUUGAAACUGGUUCCAGUUCUGAUGUUGAUAGUUCAGUGACAACUAUACCAACAGGGAAAGUCGCUACAUCAAAGUUACCGCCACCAGAAAUUGCGUCAGAAAUAUUGACGCCGACGGACAACUUUCUUCCAAUGACGUCAACUCAGAUGUAUCCCAAAGGACGAGAAACCUCCAGUCUAUCUUCAGCGUCAGCGCACUCAGACGAUGAUAUCACAAAAUCGAACGCUUUAAGCACACCAACUUCUAAUGCCGGCAAUUUGCUAAUGACAGUCGACACUUCGUCGGGAUCGAAUAUUUUUAACACAAACGAUAUACAACAAGCAACGACAAAAGUAGGCACUGAAAAAGAGGUUACGGUUUCAAAUCCUACUGUCAUUCCCGCAAGCAAAAGCGAUCAAUCUAGAAUUGUCACUAGCGUUAUAUCUACGAUCGAUGUCACUAAGGACAACGAGGCACUGUUAACGUCCCUCGCAAACCAUAAUAAUGGAAACGCCUCGGCUCCUGCUAAAGAGGAAGCAGUUACAAUCUCGUUGUCUGCAACGGGGAUGAAUGGACUCGUGACAAAAAAGGGAGUGAUUCAACCAGAAAACAAUACCGGUGAGCAAAUUGAAAUACAGUCAACACACGCAUCUGAAAAAACUGAAUCAGAUGAAAAAAUGACCAGACAAAACAAUCUGGUAGAUACCAUAACGACUUCAAACACACUUCCCCAGUACGAUUGGAAAACAGACAAUUUCAAAAUGCUCUCGGAUACUGAUAGCCAGCAAACGAAAAGCACAAAAGAGGAGACGAUAUUUUGGACGACUCAAGCCGGCAGGAAUACGGAUAUUUUGGAGACGCCGAGUCCUGUUUUACAAACAGUCAGUGUCACUGAAUUAGAAUCCCAGAAAAUCUCAGCAUUUCCGGAUAUCAGCGAAGGUCUGUUCUCUUCGAGGUUACCGACGGAAACACCUUUAGUGCCAACUAUAGAAACGAAGCGAACAGAAAAAAUCACAAAAGAAACUUUAAUAACAUCUAGCCUGUCUAAUUCCUCAUCAAAGAAGAUAUCUUUGGAGAAUUCUACUGAAUGGCUAACGGAAGCAGCAACUUGUUGUGAAGACCACGUGGAAACUGCUUCUACACUCAAUCAAGAAAUCCAGGAAAGUUCUGCUUCUACAACCGAAUCCCGACAAGAAAUGAAAUCAAGUGGACUGACAUUGAGUUAUACAUCAGAUAAAACAGUGUCAUCUCGGCUUGACGCAAGUAGGACUUCCGGUGUUGUAUAUCCUUCGUCGACAAAUAAGCGAGAUGACUCUGUUACAAAAACCACACAAAGCAACAAUAUUCGUAAAGCAGCGAACCAUUCCGAAGAGUAUAUUCAGCUUUUUUCUUCACCACCUUCGAAAACCGAAACUCCUGUAAAAAUAUUGAGCUCAGCCGCUGCAUUGGAAACGCUAACAGAAAAUUCAGUGGUCGUUUCAACUCUCGCACCAGGAGCUGAAGAGGAAAUCAAUGGCAUUAUUCGUAGUACAGAUCCGUCAGUAAAAAAUCUUCCUGCUUAUGAAACAACGAUUAAUUUUUUGAAAAAAUUAUCAGAGUAUUCAACCACAACCGAUGCGCAAAGUACGUCAUCGGCAAGACAUGACCCAUUGUCUUCUUCCAAUCUUCAAGAGAGUAUAAGUCUAACUUCGCUUGGAAAUGUGGCUUCCUUUACAGAAUCGUUAACGCAGCGAAAUAAAAAGACAACUGAAACGACUUUUCCUACGUCUCAUAUAAAGAGUACCAGUGACAAAAGAAAUACUAUCUCCGAAUUGUUCACAACCGAAUCGUUGGCAGGAACGGAAACAAAGAAUCAGCCAAUUUCCUCUUCGACGAUUCCGAACGAUUUUAAAACAUUACCCCCUGAGUUGGCUUUAAAAACGUCAGGAACUGAAAAAGCAAUGGCGACACAGGAUACAAUGAUUGUGACGACACAAGAAAAAGAAAAACUUUAUACAAACUCGGUUACCAUUAUUAGUCAAAUAAACAUGUCUACCGAUGACAACGAAAAGCAGACGACAGUUAGCGCAGAAAUGAACGCCUCGGAAGCCAUCGAAAAUACAACAGACGAACCGAGCAUUAUUCCUCGUCCAAUAACUCGAGAACCGCAGACGACCGGAAGUGAUCUUUCCGAUCACGUGACCAAGGAAAUGAACGGGAAGUUGUCAAGCACGAUUAAAAUAAGUGUUCCACAUGGGUCGUCUGCAAAAAGUUUUGACGCCCUCCAAGAAGAACCUUCCACUGCAAUCCAGAGCGUGACAAACCACGGUAUUAGCAUGACUCGGAGCAUACCUGUGACUGCCUCGAUCCCGGUGUCCAAUACGGCAAUAGGCAAUUCCUCCCCCUCGGAAAUACGUCAAAAGACGAAUACCCCAUCAGUGAUACCUGAACCAAACAAUGCGAGCGUCACGUACGUUGAAUUUGAAGGUGUCAUCCGAAUUACGAACGGUUUGAAAUGGUCUUCGAGUCUCGCUAGAAAAGACACAGAAGAAUUUGGACAAGCCGAAGCCUACAUAAGAAAUAUGGUUUGUAUCCGCUGUAUCCGCAAAUAUGAAAUAUCUCAAUCUAUUCAAACACACUGGCAUACAUCAAUCUAUCGCUCAGCCUAUUCAUAUCUAUCUAUCUAUCUAUCUAUCUAUCUAUCUAUCUAUCUAUCUAUCUAUCUAUUUCUUAGCCUUUUCAUAUCUAUCUAUCUAUCUAUCUAUCUAUCUAUCUAUUUCUUAGCCUUUUCAUAUCUAUCUAUCUAUCUAUCUAUCUAUCUAUCUAUCUAUUUCUUAGCCUUUUCAUAUCUAUCUAUCUAUCUAUCUAUCUAUCUAUCUAUCUAUCUAUCUAUCUAUCUAUCUCUUAGCAUUUUCAUAUCUAUCUAUCUAUUUCUUAGCCUUUUCAUAUCUAUCUAUCUAUCUAUCUAUCUAUCUUUUGGCAUUUUCAUAUCUAUCUAUCUAUCUAUCUAUCUAUCUAUCUAUCUAUCUAUCUAUCUAUUUCUUAGCCUUUUCAUAUCUUCAUCAUUAUCUAUCUAUUCAUCUAUCUAUCUAUUUCUUAGCCUUUUCAAAUCUAUCUAUCUAUCUAUCUAUCUAUCUAUCUAUCUAUCUAUUUCUUAG